AUGUCCAGAUCAGUACGGCCGAAACGCGCCGGCGAGGAUUACGCUCGCACCCACCAAGCGGAAGACGAACUUGACGGGCCCUCAAAUACCAAGAAACCACGCUUCGAUCUACGCAACCCAUCCGCACUAGCACCAGACGAGCUCGAGGAUGACGCCGUCCUAGACGCAGACGAAAUCGGUCGUCGAGGCCAAGGCGUUCGUCGCAAUGCAGUUAAUCUAGAUGGGUAUCAAUCAGACAGCGAAAACGAGGGAUUCGAUGCGCGAGUAGAAGCUAAAGCUAGAGCUAAGCGGCGACAACAGAAACAACAAGCUGGUGGCGAUGACGACGAUGAUAUGUUUGCAGAUGAUAUGGAAGAAGAGGUCGAAGAGGAGAUGGGAGAAGAUGAAGCUUAUAGGAAAAACAAGAAAAACGUGCGCUUUUUAAGGGAUGAUGAAAUAGAAGGGCAAGCAAAUAAAUCGCGAGGUGGUCGUGCUGUUCAUGUCGACCUGUCGAGACCACUUGAUGUGCGAGGGGCAGAAGAUGUGGAGAGUGAGAGUGAAAGCGAAGUUGAUGAAACGGAGCGAGCGCGAGUCGAUGAGGGCAUGGAUGAGGAGGUUGGAGCAGGUGGAAAAAAGACACAUGCGCCGUUGAUAGAUGCAUUCAACAUGCGCGCGGAACAAGAAGAAGGUCGGUUCGAUGAGCAAGGGAAUUACGUCCGGAAAGCUGCAGAUCCCGACGCGAUUCACGAUACAUGGCUGGAUGGUGUUUCGAAGAAGGAUAUUCGUCGCGCCAAAGAAGCGGCCGACAAGAGGGAGAAUGAACGAAGAGAACGCGACAAGAAGAAUGAUAGUAUACUUGCGGCCGAUCUUUUACGGACACUUAUCACGCACAUGCAACGCGGGGAGACGGUCCUGGAAGCGCUUGCGCGAUUAGGCAAAGGUCUUCGCAAGAAACCGAAAUGGCAGCUAAAGAACAAGAGUAAAAAUAAGAAGUCAAAAGCAGAAAGCAACGGAGAUGAAGAUGUCGAAAUGACAGAAGAGAAUCCCGAAGAAACAGCGCGAAAGAAGGCUAUUGACGACGUAACAGGCGCAGCCGACCUGCUCUUAACGAGAGGCCAAACAGAGAUAUACGAUCAAGAGAGGGAGAUGCUUACUCGACAGUUUAAGCGUGAAACGGGCGAAGAUUGGGUUGAUCCACCUGAAGUGGAUGACACUCAGGUUGCAGACGGCAACAAAGCUGCAGAUUCAGGCACACUAUGGGAGUAUAGAUGGUCUGACGCGCGGGACGGGGGUGAGACGCAUGGCCCCUACGAUAGUGCUAUGAUGCAGUCAUGGAAUGACGCGGGAUAUUUUGGGGAGGGAGUAGAAUUUCGCCGAGUAGGGGGUGCGGAGGAUGACUGGAGCGAGAAGAGUCCCCGUCCAUACGAAAAGAAACAAGGGCUGCUUUUGAAAUCCAAACCACCGUCAAAAGAUCGCCACUCUAGGUACGCCGUCACAAGAAUUGUGGACAUAAAACUCAAAUCAAAACAAAAGAGAUGA